AUGCACUGGGAAAACGGCGACACGCGGGUCGAUCUUGUGUCCUUCAAGAAAGGGGUCAACAACAUUGUUGAGCGGCAAAUCCAGCUGCCAGACUACGUUCGAACGGCCCUGGCUGAUGCGAUCGAUCAACGCCAGAAGGUCACAGCGGACUGUAUCGACGCGGAAAAGCCUAAUCUUUCCAUAUCUACCUUGCGGCACCAGCAUUUCACCGAAGAAUUGGCCCAUAUUAAGAGUCUUCUGGAUACGAUCGAACAGCCUGUCACAUCCUUCGACAGUGGCAAGUCUUCAACGAAUGCGGCGAACACCAACUCUUUCCGUCUUUUGGAGACCGAUGAAGACAGUCUCGAAGACGAAGACGAGAACGAGACCAUGUCAUUUGAGGGCGACGAACUCUGGCAGGAAAUCAAAAUUUCCGAAGGGAUGUCGCUAUUGGUGUAUUUGCUUUCUCAGGGUAUAUCUCCAUUCAAGGCCGGGGUGACCAGUCCUGGCUCGCUCGCAGCGGCCGCAUGGGUCGCCGUAGCGGCUGAUGCAUUGACGCUCGGUAUCUUGAGCUCUAUGAUUUCGCAGACCGGCCUUGACUGGGCAGAAUUGCUGAAGAAGAUGGCCGAGAUGCAUGCAAAAGGCGCGGAUGAAGCUUUACAAAUUCUUCCUCUACACCAGUAUGUCGAUCAAUUCGUUCGAGCAGCCGAAAAAACUUUCCCGACUUCCUCGUCCACCGGUAUCAAGGCUGAGCGCAAGAAGCUGAAUCCGGCGGCCACGCAGAGGAAUCAGAGUGAUCUACAAGAUGCUCAGCACACCCUUGAGCACACGGCUAGUGCAUUAAGACAGCUUCUUGUUGAUUCCAUAUCAGUGGACAAGGCUGCUUCUAAUGUUGAUGACCAUAAAGCGUGGCUAUCCCAAAUCUGGCACCAGAACCUUCCUCUAGUCUCAGCAUUCAGCCGCUACAUUGCCUCCAAGAACAAGGAGAACGCAGUCUCGGCUACUGUGGAUGCCAUGUUCUUGCUCCAGACGACUGCCGCUGCCGAGCGCGCUUCAAAUGGUGACAUGACCCAGAAAUCCUUUCGAGAGGUAAUCGGCUUCGCCAGGUCGGUUAAAAAGGUUGUAAAGGAAAUACCACAAUCCAUUCAGAUCCUUUUCGAACAGACGCUCAUAUGGACACUGGACGAGGUUUAUGACUUCUGUGGCCUGAUUGAAAAGGUCACGAUGAGCACUGCCACGUCUUCCCCUUGGGCGCUUGGUACACAGGUACUGCAAAUACUAGAAGUCCUAAAUGGUGCGACUUUGAGCAUGAUCCACCAGCACAAGCUUGUAGGCGCUGUUGUCCACGCCUACAACGCUCUUCGAUGCAAGGUCAAGAACUUCAGGCCAAUCGGGAUCUUCGAGGCGCUUACGAUGGUGCUCCAAGCUGAAGUGUUUGUCGCAAAGACCCCACCCACAACUGGCUUUUCCAAGGCGUUUUCUGACUACGUCAGUAAGCGUCCCCCAGUAAUAAGAGGCAUCUUCGAGGACAAAGACAAGAAACGCGGUAGUCCUUCGGUCGUACAUCGGUACCCGUUUCCAUGUCUACAGGUUCAGGACAUGCUUCGGCGGAAACUUCGUGGGGCGAGCGCCGACCCAGCAUCUCUUCCCCUUGCGGCCGAAUGGAACAUCAUCCAUACCAUGGAACAGACGCGAUACACUGCCGAACAAGAAUUCAACGGUGCCAUUCCUCUGGCACGCGUGAACUUUAUUGCCGUCUUCUUGCUGUGUGUCGAGGCGCUGAGGAAGUUCGACCUGUCAUUGGAAACACCGCUCACUCCUGAACUAGCUUCGAGUAUGGUCGGAAAGAUCGAAAGGAUCCUGGGAGAGCUGGAUAGAGCGGGAGAUGGCUUGGUCACCAGUACAGGGUCCGUAACUGUACUUGCCGCGGUAUUUCGGACGUUUGACAGCCGCCUAACAGAGGAUGUUCUGUGGUUUAAUAUGUAG